AUGGGUAAAGUACCAAGAGAUGUAGCAAUCAACAUACGUCGAUCAAAGGAUGUUAAUCAUGAGUGGAUGAUAGGAGAGUUUCUUGAUAAGUUGUGGCAAGAAUUGGUGAUAAGAAGUGCGAAACAUCCUCAAAGAAAGUGCAGAGAUAAAAGGCAGUGUGACAAGUGCAAGAAAACAGGGCACCACACAUCGAUAUGCAGUGGAGAAACAACCCCAAAUUUGCAUGUUGCCACUAAAGGAGCUAUUGCGUAUCAGACGGUGCAGGCAAAGAUUAACAUACCAGGGUAUGACUCAGUUCCAUAUCGCAUGCUGCUAGAAACAGGUAGUGACAAAACGUAUUUGGUGCAGAAGAUUGCUGACAAAUUGAAAGGUAAACCCAUUCGACAUGAAACAAAGGUUCUUGAUACUAUUCAUGGAAGCAGAAGCCACAGGUGUGCUGUUUAUAAUUUAGAGAUCAGGAAUAUGGAAGGAGAAGUUCAGCUCAUUACAGAGGCCGCAACGCUAAGCAAACUGACAACUGUGAGGAACGCCAGACCUGAAAUUGUACAGCAAAGAUUUAAGCACUUGAAAGACAUCAAAUUCUCAGAUGUGUCGGAGCACGACGAAUUGGAAAUUCACGUCAUAAUUGGUCUUGAAGAUUUGGGUAGAGUAAAGACAGGACGUUAUAUACGGGGGGAGGAAGAUCAGCCUAUUGCCGAGGAAACCAAAUUAGGAUGGACUUUGUUAGGACCAACUUAUCAAGGAACAAAAACUGAUGAUCAAGAAAGUAAAUUGUUGUUUUGUAUGGAGAACAGGCCAGAGAUAGCUACAGAAGUAGACAGGCUAUGGGACUUAGAGACUGUCGGGAUCCGAGAAGGUGAUCCAGUGCACGUGGAGUUCAAAGAUACAGUCAAGUUCAACGGUAGACGUUAUGUAGUAAAUCUACCUUGGAAGUCAGCAACAGCCAAAGCCUCAUUACCAGACAACAAGAAGCUAUGUGAAAAGCGGCUACGUUCUCAGCUGAAAAGAUUAUCUAGAGUCCCGGAGCAGUUAGAAGCUUAUGAUGGCAUCAUACAAGAGCAGAUAAAGGCGGGAAUUGUGGAAAAGGCUCCCAAGAAAGAAACAGGGGUAACAGCCACCCACUACAUACCCGAUCAUGCUGUCAUUCGACAAGAAGCAGAGUCAACAAAAGUGAGAAUCGUGUUUGACGCGUCAGCAAAGGAGAGGAAAGGUAGCUAUUCGCUAAAUGAGUGUCUUCACAAAGGACCACCAUUGAUGCCUAUGCUGUUUGACAUUGUGCUUCGGUACAGAAUGUACCCCGUUGCUCUGGUGGGUGAUGUACAAAAAGCCUUUCACCAGAUUGAAGUAGCAGUUGAAGACAGAGAUUGCCUAAGGUUUUUGUGGGUUGAAGAUCCAAAGAAUGCAAUUUCAGAGCUUUCUGAGUUGAGGUUCACUCGGGUUAUCUUUGGAGCGGGUCCGAGUCCAUUCUUGCUAAAUGCGACGAUGCAAAGGCACAUUGGAGGCUAUGAGGAGACAGAUCCAGAGUUUGUCAGGUUGGUGGUUAAAAGUUUAUUUGUGGAUGAUUUUGUUGGUGGCGGUAGAAACUCGACAGAAGUUAUCACAUUGAAAAAGAAACUCACCGAUGUAAUGCAAGAAGGUGGCUUCACUCUUCACAAGUGGAAGUCAAAUAUUGAGGAAGUGUGCAGCUCGCCAACGGUGGACAGUGAAGGUGAUGAAGACGAAACAUUUGCGAAGCAGAAACUUAAUCUGGAUGAGAGCCAAAGUAAAGUCCUUGGGAUAAAGUGGAAUCCAAGGAGUGAUAUAAUGGCAGUGGAAUUGUCACAGGUUGCAGAGGAAGCAGAAAGGGAUCUACGCAUGACCAAAAGGGAGUUGCUGAGCCGCUUGUCCAGAAUCUAUGACCCAUUAGGAGUUGCGGGUCCGAUCACCAUUGUUGGUAGAAAGAUCUUCCAAGAUGCUUGCAAAGAAGGUAUAACUUGGGACAGUUUGGUCAGUGAAGAUCUGCAUGGUAGAGGGAAGACAUUUGAAAGGAAUUUGAAGCAAAGGUCAGAGAUAGAGUUCCCAAGAUGUGUUGCAUUGUCAGAGAAGCCAAAGGAGAUGUCAUUGCACACCUUCGCAGAUGCAAGUCAAACAGCCUACUGCGCGGCCGUGUAUUUGGUUGUGACGUUGCCGCAAGGAAAGUUCAGUAACCUGCUGACUGCUAAAACCAGGCUGCCUCCAUUGAAGAAGGAAAUGACCAUUCCACGUUUGGAGUUGACAGCAGCAAGGAUUGCGGCAAGGUUGGCAGCGACAGUAAAACAAGCACUGGCAGGAUUUGAGUUAAAACGGGUCUGCAUGUUGUCGGAUAGUUGCACGGCUCUCCAUUGGCUGCAAAGACGAGGUCAGUAUCGCCAGUUUGUUGAACACAGAGUCAAGGAAAUCGAACAUCUGUCAAAUGGUGCAACAUGGCAGUAUUGUCCAACAAGCGAAAAUCCGGCGGAUCUUGGCACAAGGGGCAAAACACCGCUACAAUUACAAGGAAGUGACCUGUGGUGGCAGGGACCAUCGUGGCUGAUUUCUGAUCAGUGGCCAGAACAGCCUAUCUUGUCAAGGGAAAAGGAAAUCGAAGAUGAAGAAAAAAAUCCAGUGUUACAGAUGGCCACGACGAUAAAAGAAAGGGGACUUUCAAGUUUGAUAAGGUUGAAAGAUUAUAGCUCAAAGAGAAGAUUACUUGGUGUAACUGCGUGGAUUUUGCGUUUUAUGAAGAACUGCAGGGCAAGCAAGGGAGAUAGGCUCCAACUGAAAUACGUUACAACGGACGAAGUAAAGGAAGCGGAAAAAAAGGUGGGUGAAAGUAGUACAAUCCGAAAUUGA